CGGGGCGGAGAGGCGGCACGGGAGGGCUCCUCCGCCAGCAGCCGGGCGGGCAGCGGUGCACAUGGCAUGUCUGAUGGCGGCUUUCUCCCUGGGCAGCGCUUUGCUAAGGCGGGGGGAUUAUCGCCGAGCAUGCUCCCUGCGCCGCUGCGCCCCGCCGGCUCCCCGGCGGAUUUGCGGAGGGACCGUAACCUUUGCAUAACACCCGGGGCCGGCGGGGGACGGAGCGGGCAGAGCCCGCGGGACCGUCCUGCCGCUGGGACCGGGCCGGCGCUGCCGUCCCCGCCGGGCGCCCCGGCUGCUCACCGGCCCCGCCGAACUACAUGGGAAAUAGCCAAAACUGUGCAAAAGGCGCCGAGAGGAAGUUCCCCUGCUUUAAUUGUUGAGCUCUAAGAUGUUUCACAUUACUCUUGUUAUGUUCAGAUUACAUACCAUGGCAGUCAACUAUUUAAGAAUUUGACAGGUGGCAGCAGCUCUGGUUGCACCAUGGCCGAGCCAAAGUCCGUGUGUGUCUCAGUGGACGAGGUGGUCUCCAACGGGACGGACACCCAGGACAUUCGGCUCAUGAACGGACACCUAAAGAAAGUGGACAACGCUCUGACAGAAGCUCACAGGUUCUCCUACCUGCCCCGCAGACCAGCUGUGAACAUUGAGUUUAAAGAACUGUCCUACUCCAUCCAGGAAGGGCCAUGGUGGAGGAAGAAAGGUUAUAAGACCCUUUUGAAAGGAAUUUCAGGGAAGUUCAGCAGUGGAGAACUCGUUGCAAUUAUGGGACCUUCAGGAGCUGGGAAGUCAACGCUUAUGAAUAUUCUGGCAGGAUACAGAGAGACGGGGAUGAAAGGAGAAAUCCUGAUCAACGGGCAGCCCCGCGACCUGCGCUCCUUCCGCAAAGUCUCCUGCUACAUCAUGCAGGACGACAUGCUCCUGCCUCACCUCACUGUCCAGGAGGCUAUGAUGGUAUCUGCUCAUCUGAAGCUUCAAGAGAAAGAUGAAGGGAGGAGAGAAAUGGUGAAGGAAAUCCUGACAGCCCUGGGUUUGCUGGCGUGUGCCAACACGAGGACUGGGAGCCUCUCUGGGGGCCAGAGGAAGCGCCUUGCCAUUGCUUUGGAGCUGGUGAACAACCCUCCUGUCAUGUUCUUCGAUGAACCAACCAGUGGCUUGGACAGUGCAUCCUGUUUUCAGGUGGUCUCUCUGAUGAAGGCUUUGGCCCAGGGUGGCAGGUCCAUCAUCUGCACCAUUCACCAGCCCAGUGCAAAACUGUUCGAGCUCUUUGACCAGCUCUAUGUUCUAAGUCAAGGUCAGUGCAUUUACCGUGGGAAGGUAACAAACCUCGUCCCUUACUUGAGAGAUUUGGGGUUGAAUUGUCCAACCUACCACAACCCAGCAGAUUUUGUGAUGGAAGUGGCCUCGGGCGAGUACGGGGACCAGAACAGCCGCCUGGUCAGGGCUGUGAGGGACAGGAUUUGUGACACAGACUACAAGAGAGACGUGGCUGGGGAGCACGAGCUGAACCCCUUCCUGUGGCACCGGCCCUCUGAGGAGGACUCCUCCUCCACAGAAGGCUGCCACAGCUUCUCUGCCAGCUGCCUAACCCAGUUCUGCAUCCUCUUCAAAAGGACUUUCCUCACCAUCAUGAGGGACUCGGUCCUGACACACCUGCGGAUCACCUCACACAUCGGCAUCGGGCUGCUCAUCGGGCUGCUCUACCUGGGCAUUGGCAACGAGGCCAAGAAAGUCCUCAGCAACUCGGGGUUCCUCUUCUUUUCCAUGCUGUUCCUCAUGUUUGCUGCGCUCAUGCCCACUGUCCUCACCUUUCCCCUUGAGAUGGGAGUGUUUCUCAGAGAGCAUCUCAACUACUGGUACAGCCUGAAAGCCUAUUACCUUGCCAAAACCAUGGCUGAUGUUCCUUUUCAGAUCAUGUUCCCUGUGGCUUACUGCAGCAUCGUGUACUGGAUGACGUCCCAGCCCUCCGACGCGCUCCGCUUCGUCCUCUUCGCAGCCCUGGGCACCAUGACGUCCCUGGUGGCCCAGUCUCUGGGCCUGCUCAUAGGUGCAGCCUCCACAUCCCUCCAGGUGGCAACUUUUGUGGGCCCAGUCACUGCCAUCCCAGUGCUUCUGUUCUCUGGGUUUUUUGUCAGCUUUGACACCAUCCCAACAUACCUCCAGUGGAUGUCCUACAUUUCCUAUGUCAGAUACGGGUUCGAAGGCGUCAUCCUCUCCAUCUACGGACUGGAUCGAGAAGACCUGCACUGUGACAAAGAUGACACCUGCCAUUUCCAAAAAUCAGAGGCCAUCCUGAAAGAACUGGACGUAGAAAAUGCCAAACUUUACCUGGACUUCAUCGUCCUUGGGAUUUUCUUCUUCUCCCUGCGCCUGAUUGCCUAUUUUGUCCUCAGAUACAAAAUCCGGGCGGAGAGGUAAAGGAGGAGCAGCUGAAGCAGUGCAGUAGGAGAACUUUAGACAUGCAAUAGAGGGCACUUGACAUUGUCUCACUGUGGCAGGCUGGUCCCCACGCCCAGCCAGAUGCUGUCCUGACCGAGCCCAUGGAGAGCCACAAUGGGAUAGUGGACACACAGUGUUAAGCCAAUCAGUCCAGUUGGGUUGGGUCAUGUUUUCAUUACACUUUCUAGCUUUAAACUAGGAAGAAGAACUAGAAGGGAAUUUUACACCACAGAAUAUCAACACUGAGGCAGUGUAACUGUAACAAGACACCUGGCUGCAGGAGCUUUCCUUAUGAAAACCAAUUCUGGGACAAGGUCACCAGGAUACCUGGUGGCCAGAAUAGUGUAAUGUCAUCUCUAGCUGUCAAGAUAGUGAGAUGCAAAAUAAGGAAUGCAAAGAAAAUAGGAUUCUCUCAUCUUUUUAAAUUUCAUCUUUGCAGUUUUCUAUGUAUUGUUUUGCAAUUCUUUUCCACAGAAUUACCCCUUCUGGCUAAAAGUCUGUAAAUGUAUUAAUACGGUAAAGAUAUCUUUUUAAUAUGGAUACUUUUUUAAAAGAAACCUAAAGUGAUUCAAGUAAUUAUUUUUGUUUCUGUCUGAAUUUAGAAUUCUGGUGCUUUACUUGUCGAGCUGGUCUCAUAUCUGAAAACUGUAAUAAUAGGAGGAAAAGGCAGAUUCUGAAUCUGCACUAAACCUGUGGUCCCAUUUGGAAGCAGCACUGGAUAGCACAUGCAGUUAGACAUGGUCAAGCUGUCACUGAAUGUUUGAAAAAAAUAUUCCUUUGCAGUGUCUUUAAAUCCUUAGUAUUUGUGAUAUUUUGGGAUCCUAGCUCUGUUCAUUAUGUGUUUGAUCUACCUCCUGCGACUGAAAAAAAUUAAAGCACUCCAAGGCUCA